CUUUUACAUUUAACUUGUCUAGGCUUUAACAGAAGAGGUCACCUUGUAAAAUAGUAUUGAUUGAUCGUUAACAGUCUUUAAAUGUUUAAAUGUAUAUUUUAUGUUUUGUAUGGCUAACUUAUCAUGAAUCGGGAGCUUAAUUGUCUUGGAAAUACCAGAAAUACAGCGUCGUAAUGGCGGAAGUCAGAGACAGAUUUACGGUUGUGAAGGCGGAAGAUAAUGCUUUUGACGACAACACAAAUGCUGAUGGCAAGAAAGGGAUACUUCAAGAUAAGGAACAACGUGUGCCGAGAUCACAGAGCACAGUUACCUUUCAAAUUGAUGAUAGUGACGAUGGAGAGGUGCCUGAAAAGGAAUCAACCCCCUUGACCGAUGGAAUGGCUCUGUAUGAGGAAGAUAUUGUCACGAAGGGCAAAAUGUCAACCUUGUUGAAAAGAAGUCCAACGAAGGUUUCAUUCUGUGAACAGGUGGAAGAAGUAGAUGACACAACAUCUAAGAAGAAGCUAGGAACACUAUUUGGGGUGUACCUUCCAACUAUACAGAACAUAUUUGGAGUGUUGAUAUUCAUCAGAGUCACAUGGAUUGUCGGAAUGGCGGGGACCAUUGAGGGAUUUCUUAUCAUUUUCCUCUGUUGUUGCACAACAACACUGACGUCUAUAUCUAUGAGUGCCAUAGCGACCAAUGGUAUAGUUCCAGCAGGAGGCUCGUACUUUAUGAUAUCACGAGCUCUAGGUCCAGAAUUUGGUGGUGCUGUAGGGAUACUGUUUUAUUUAGGUUUUACGGUAGCUGGUUCUAUGUAUGUCAUAGGUGCCAUUGAAAUUCUGGUGACUUUCAUAGCGCCACAGAUUUCCUUAUUUGGCGACGUUACCAUUCUCUCCAACGCUCUUAACAACUAUCGUGUGUUUGGCACAGUACUGCUUUUCCUAUUGUUUAUCAUCUGUUUUCUGGGAGUGCAGUUCGUAGCAAAGUUUGGACCAUUUUCAUUGUUUUGCGUCGUAUUUUCAAUUAUCUGCAUCUACAUUGGAAUAUUUGUUGCGUCACCAGAAAACAGUGUAAAAAUAUGCUAUCUUGGUGAAAGGUUGCUAACACUGGCUUCAGUGUCAGUAGAUGGUGUAAUGAUGUGUACCAAGAAUGAGACGGGCCCAAUCUUCAACAACUACUGUAGCUUAAAUGAGACGAAUGAAACAGUGUGCGACCCCUAUUUCCUCGAGAAUAACGUGACGCUAAGAGCUGGAAUGCCUGGUCUCGCCAGUGGAAAUUUCUUUAAAAAUAUCCCCAACAGAUAUACAGAGAAAGAUAACUUAAUAGGCAUGUCGGAGCCUGGAAAUAGGGAGAGAGGAGAAAUUAUAGCAGAUCUCACAUCAACGUUUACAGUUUUGUUAGCCAUCUAUUUCCCAUCGGUAACAGGUAUAAUGACAGGUUCAAAUAUGUCUGGUGAUCUCAGAGAUGCCCAAAAAUCCAUUCCCAGCGGUACGUUGGCCGCAGUGCUGUCUACCUCCGCUGUCUAUUUGUCGUGCGUGUUAUUUUUUGCAGCUGGUAUAGAGGGAGACUUAUUGAGAGAUAAGUUAGGGGAGAGUUUAGGCGGCGGAUUGGUUAUUGCGUAUACAGCUUGGCCGACCAAAUGGAUGGUUUUGGUUGGAUCAUUUCUGUCAACUAUUGGUGCUGGACUUCAGUCAAUUAACGGUGCUCCUAGACUCCUAUAUGCCAUAGCCAAUGACAAUAUCAUUCCGUCUCUGAGAGUAUUUGGAAGGACAAGACGUGGUGAACCUUUUCUUGCUCUGCUGUUGACAGUGGGAAUAGCCGAGGCUGGAGUUCUCGUCGGAAACUUAGAUUAUGUUACCCCAGUCAUAACAAUGUUCUUUUUGAUGUGCUAUCUGUUUGUCAAUCUUGCCUGUGCAUUACAAACGCUGCUACGGUCCCCAAGCUGGAGGCCGAGAUACAGAUUUUAUCACUGGACCUUGUCUUUGAUAGGGGUAGGACUCUGCACAACUCUUAUGAUCAUCUCGAGUUGGUAUUACGCGUUAGUUGCCUUUGCCAUGGCCGGCGGAAUAUACAAAUACAUUGAAUAUAAAGGUGCGGAGAAAGAAUGGGGUGACGGUAUCAGAGGUAUGGCUAUGUCUUUAGCCAGAUAUUCUUUGCUGAAGGUCCAACAGACACCACCACAUACCAAAAACUGGAGGCCUCAAAUUAUUCUGCUGUGCAAACUUGAUGAAAAGCUCAACCCAAAAUACGAGAGAAUGGCUCAUUUUGCUAAUCAGCUGAAGGCAGGGAAAGGACUGACUCUGCUGUCCAGUGUGUUAGAAGGCAUAUUUGAAGAUAGGCGAGAUGAUGCCAGAAAAGUGAAAGAGAAUUUACAAAGGCUGAUAGACAGGAGUGGAGUGAAAGGGUUUAAAGAUGUAGUAGUGGCUAAAGACAGAGCAAGUGGAUGUUCUCAUUUAGUGCAGACGGCAGGUCUUGGAGGUUUAAAACCUAACACUGUUAUGUUAGGCUGGCCAUACAGCUGGAAACAUGGACAAAAUGACAAAAGAUUUAAACCCUUUGUUGACACAGUGCAAUGUAUACUGGCGGCGGACAUGGCUCUACUAGUAGCUAAGGGAGCAAAGAAUUUUCCUUUAAGUUCCGAGAAAGUGAAGGGUACAAUUGAUGUGUGGUGGAUUGUUCAGGAUGGUGGACUUCUAGUACUAUUGCCGUACCUUCUACGACAACACAAGACGUGGAAAAACUGUAAACUUCGUCUCUUCAGUGUCGCUCAGAUGCAUGAUAAUAACAUACAGAUGAAAAAAGACUUAAAAAGUUUUAUGUACAAACUGAGAAUAGAGGCUGACGUCGAAGUCGUUGACAUGAAUGACAACGAUAUUUCACCAGACACAUAUGAGAGAACGUUACAGAUGGAACAGAGAAUUGAAAUGAUGGAGAAAAUGAAGUCUGAAACAGCCGAUACACCUAAACCAGUUGUAGAAUCAAAACGAAAAGACAGCAAACAAGAGACUAAAAUAGAUUUAGAAAAUCAGACCAAUGGUGAUGUGAAAGAUACUGAAGAAAUAUCGCAGUUCAAUCAGUUUACAUUUACGCCCUCUUCCCUCGGGAAACCUCACACCGUUGAGGAAAUUGCUGAAAAUGUGAACAAGAACAUUGCUGGAAAUAUACCAGAUAUAUACGGAAAACAAAAUUCUAGCUUCAGCAGUAUUGAACCGGAUGAGAAUAACUUGAAAAGAAUGCACACAGCUGUGAAGUUAAACGAGCUCAUUCAGAAGAACUCGAAAGGGGCACAACUGGUUAUAGUAAACCUACCACCACCGCCAAAAGUUUCUGACGGAGAUAAUAGAGGUCUUCAAUAUAUGGAAUUUCUUGAAGUUCUAACAGAAGGUAUAGAUCGUGUAUUGAUGGUGAAAGGCAGUGGAAAUGAAGUCAUUACCAUAUAUUCAUAAAUGAUACGACACAAUAUUCGUCACAUAUACACUACUAUAUAUUUCCCAGAAACUAUAAUAGUCUUAAAGUCACAUGAUACAUCAUCUGACCAUUCGGCUGAUUUAUUGGCGAAAGGAAAAAACCCGGAUGUCUCUCCAGACUUAAAUGAAAUAUGUGUCUAAAUCAUAUCCUAGAAUAUCCAUAAUUGUUUACAAUGAAAACAUUGAAGUUUGUCAGUUAUGUAGAUAAUAUUUUUGACGAAGUUUCUUGAUUUGUUUGUGACGGAACUUGGUCAUUCAGCAUAUUGUUGUUUCCAGUGUUGUAACAAAUAUAAUGUUAUAUCGACAUGUUGAGUAAUGGUCCUGGAAAGAUACGAGAUUAAAUCAUUUACUCAGCAUUUAUUUGAAGUAUAUGUAAUAACCAGGUUUGGGGUCAUUACUUGUAAAAGUAAUGCAUUAAAUUAGCAUAAGUUGACCAAAUAAGCAUUAGCUGGUCAAAUCUGUACUUGAAUUACUCAUUUAUGUACAAUAAAUUAUUUAAUUUGUUGA